AUGGAACAGAAAAUUAAGUUACCCCUUUUUAUUAUGAUUUGUUCGUAUAUAGUUUUAAGUUGGAUAUAUUAUUUUAAUCAUGAUAUGUGUACCUUCAAUAAAUAUUUGGAUGGAAAAAUCAAUAUUAAUGGAACAAAUGAUAUAAGAAUUUGUCGAUUACUAUCAAAACAUAAGCAAGCAAAGGAUCCAAAUAUUACAUGGCUAGAAAGAAAUAUAGAAACUAUAGAAGAUUACGCAAAAUCUGGUAUUUCUAACAAUUCUACAGUAGAAAAAGACAAAAAUAAAAAAACAAUUCAAUGCUCAUUAAAUAGUGCAAAUCAUUAUGGACGGACUAAAAAAAGUAAUUCUUCUGUAUACAAUAAAGGAAAUUCACAUUUUGAAAAAAGAGUGUUAGACAAAAUAUAUUAUAAAAAUAAAGUUAGGUAUUUUAUGAAAGCUGAUUUUUUGUUUUUAAAAAAUGAUAUAAAAGUUAACAAAUGUGUUAUAUGUGCUGCUACUAUCUGUUUUUUAAUACCUGGAAUAAUAGGAGCUGCUUCAAUAUUAUAUAAUCUUUCUAAGGUAACAGAUACUUUUAAAUGGAUUUGUUUGAAGGAAUGA